GACGUUAUUUAUGGUAUGAUUUUAUAUAAUGUUUUGAUGACUUGAAUCACUUGAUGUCAACAAACAGUUAAUAUAUUAUAUUAUCGAUUGAUUGGCAAAUGUGUGAAUCAAUUGAGUGAUCAAAUCAGUGAUAUAUUUGGCCACAAAUUUGUUAUCAAUUUUUCUACGAUGACCUCAAACGAGUCACCCGAAGCUGUGGCCAAUGGUUUGGAUUCGUUACGACUUCAGCCGCGAACUAAUGGCGCCAAAGACUUGGAUGUGUUUGUGAUGUCAGAGUCGGGUAAACCAGUGUAUUGUUAUUCAAGACGUGAAGACAGUAUUACAUUAAUGGGUGUUUGUGUGGCACUGAUUCACGUGACCGACAAACUCGAGAACGACACCAUUCGUCACAUUCAGACCAUCGGUGGUUUGAGAAUAGCUUUUGCACUCAAGAGUCCACUCAUCAUAUGUUUUGUCUUCAGAGUUAACCUCGGAAUCGAUGCAAAUAUUCUUAUAAAUCAAGUAAAUGCACAAAUUAUCUCCAUUUUGACCGCCAAGACAUUGAAGUCAGUGUUUGAACAAAGACCUACUUUUGAUCUAAAAAGACUGCUCUCAGGUAGUGAAAAACUAAUCGACACUUUAAUAGAUGUUAUAUUAAGUCCAAUCAAUGCUAACAAAAGUGAGAAUAACUGCAAUAACCAAAUGAAUGCAUUUCUAUCGUCUUCUAUGACUACAUCCAAGACAAUUGGCAACCAAUCAAUUAUCAACAAUCGCAGUACAAUUUCCACUCGGGUUUAUAUACCGAUACGAGUAAUGGCAGCACAACUGAGAGAAUCUGUUUAUAAUAUUAUAAAUUCAUGCGCUUCUUCGGCACCAAAUGUCAUCUUUAGUUUACUAUUUUCUGUCGAUAAAAAAGCCAAAGAGGAAUACAAUGGUUCUAAUAAUUAUAUACAAUUGAUUUGUGUUUGUAAUCAAUUCAAAGCUAGACUUAAUCCAUUAGACAUACAAUUACUUUAUUCAUUAGUUAUGGCAUCGGAAUCGCAGUUAGCAUCUGUUGAGUCAUUUUUUCUGCCAAUAUGUUUGCCCCGAUUUGACUCCAAUAACUUUUUGCACACACAUAUCUCCUACCUGUCCAAUGAAUACUGUUUAGCUUUGUUGACCACAGAUCGCGAAGAGUUUCACAAAUGCCAACUAACGAAAGAGUCGAUUAUUGACCGCUUGGCUAAAGUACAUCUAACGCCCAGUCGAUCCAAUUUAAGUGACUUAUCUCAACCACAAUUGCAAUACUUAUGGUAUCAAUCGCACCGACAGUCAGUCUUAUGGCGUCAAUCACCAGUCUUUGAAUUUAGUUCACUCAAUCACUACAUAACUAAUCGAAUGUUGAAAUCAAAUUUAAAGACAUUUUGGUUGAGAAGCGAAUCGGAUGGUCUGUUGUUGGGCUGGCAUUCGCCGACUUUCCAAUUGUACGCACAGUUUGAUGUGACAAUUACUCAAUUGCAAGCACUGACAGCCAUUCAGGCGAUCAUCAAAUGGAUUAAGAAAGAAGAGGACAAAUUUGUUAUUAAAGAUUAUCAAUAAUUUUAUUAAACUUUUUAUUUAUUACUGUAUAAUAUAUUGUAAGUUAUUAAGUAUGCAAAAGUGUUUUUACUAAAGUAU